AUGUCUGGUCGCGGCAAAGGCGGGAAGGGCCUGGGUAAGGGCGGCGCCAAGCGGCACCGCAAGGUGCUGCGCGACAACAUCCAGGGCAUCACCAAGCCCGCCAUCCGCCGCCUGGCCCGCCGCGGCGGCGUCAAGCGUAUCUCGGGCCUCAUCUACGAGGAGACCCGCGGCGUGCUCAAGGUCUUCCUGGAGAACGUCAUCCGCGACGCCGUCACCUACACGGAGCACGCCAAGCGCAAGACCGUCACCGCCAUGGACGUGGUCUACGCGCUCAAGCGACAGGGGCGUAGGGCUCCAACUGUUCUCUCUAUAAGAGUAGGGCUGGCUCGUUUUUGCUUUACACUGUUUGGUCACUGUCGCGCAGUAAUGGCUCGUACCAAGCAAACCGCUCGCAAGUCCACUGGCGGUAAGGCGCCGCGCAAGCAGCUGGCCACCAAGGCGGCCCGCAAGAGCGCGCCGGCCACGGGCGGCGUGAAGAAGCCGCACCGCUACCGGCCCGGCACCGUGGCGCUGCGCGAGAUCCGCCGCUACCAGAAGUCCACCGAGCUGCUGAUCCGCAAGCUGCCCUUCCAGCGCCUGGUGCGCGAGAUCGCGCAGGACUUCAAGACCGACCUGCGCUUCCAGAGCUCGGCCGUCAUGGCGCUGCAGGAGGCGUGCGAGGCCUACCUCGUGGGGCUCUUCGAGGACACCAACCUGUGCGCCAUCCACACCAUGUCAGGACGAGGUAAAGGCGGGAAGGGCCUGGGCAAGGGGGGCGCUAAGCGCCACCGCAAGGUGCUGCGUGACAACAUCCAGGGCAUCACCAAGCCCGCCAUCCGCCGCCUGGCCCGCCGCGGCGGCGUCAAGCGCAUCUCGGGGCUCAUCUACGAGGAGACCCGCGGCGUGCUCAAGGUCUUCCUGGAGAACGUCAUCCGCGACGCCGUCACCUACACGGAGCACGCCAAGCGCAAGACCGUCACCGCCAUGGACGUGGUCUACGCGCUCAAGCGCCAGGGGCGCACCCUCUACGGAUUCGGGGGCUGA